AUGUACUACUACAAGAGCGCCACAGCUGAUACAGUUCCUAUGCUUCUACUUCUACUCUUCGGCCUCACAGUUCUGCUGCAAUUUCAAGGCAAGGCGGUGGUGGCUUUGCCAGGCUCCAGCUGCCAGAGAUGGUGCGGCGAUGUUGAAAUUGCAUACCCAUUUGGGAUUGGUGCUCGCUGUGCAAUGAAAGGAUUUGAGCUCAACUGCGACAAUACUAAGGAUGGCCGCAGCUUCUUAACGGCCUUCGGUGGAAUUCCAGUGCGGAAUAUAUCGCUGCUCGAUGGCCAGGUUCGGAUCAUGAAACACAUCUCAUCCAUGUUCUACAAUCGCUCGACCAAGGAGAUACACUACAGUAUAUGGGGCAGGAAUCUCAACAACACGCCAUUUAGAUAUUCAGGGAACUCCAACAUGUUUACGGUUAUUGGUGUCAACACUUUCGCAUCCAUGACAGACAAUUAUAAUGUGAUUUUUGGGUGUGUAUCAGAGAACUCAUCCUACAGCAACCUCAAGGCACAAGAUGGGAACAGUGGAGGCUACCUCUGCAACUGCACCAAAGGAUACAAGGGCAAUCCUUACCUUCCUCAUGGAUGCCAAGAUAUCAAUGAGUGUGCUGCCAAACCACCUCCAUGCGCUGGCUGCAAGAACACACCUGGAGCUUACUCUUGUCCGAGAUCCUUGAACGUUGUGGCACUAGCUGUGGGUUCAAGCAUCGGGGUUGCAAUUGUGGCCAUAGCCAUUUCCUGCACAUACUUGAUCCAUGAAAGGAAGAAGUUGGACAAAAUCAAGCGGAAGUAUUUCCAUCAGCAUGGUGGGAUGCUUCUAUUGCAGGAGAUAAGUUUAAAGCAAGGAACUGCUUUCACCAUCUUCACAGAAGCAGAGCUCAUUGAUGCAACAGACAAAUUUGACAACAGGAACAUCCUUGGCCGUGGUGGCCAUGGCACUGUGUACAAGGGCAUGCUCAAGGAAGGCAGUCUGAUCGCAGUCAAACGGUGUGUAUCAAUGACCAGUGAGCAGCAAAAGAAGGAGUUCGGCAAAGAGAUGUUAAUCCUUUCCCAGAUCAAUCACAAGAACGUUGUUAAGCUACUGGGCUGCUGCCUCGAGGUAGAGGUUCCAAUGCUAGUCUAUGAGUUCAUCCCCAACGGCACACUAUUUCAGUUCAUCCAUGGUAGCAAUGGCUGCCACAACAUCCCCUUCUCAACUCGCUUACACAUUGCCCUCGAGUCUGCUGCAGCCUUAGCUUACCUACAUUCGUGGGCUUCACCUCCAAUCCUUCAUGGUGAUGUGAAAUCAUCCAAUAUACUCCUUGACGAGAACUAUGCAGCUAAGGUAUCAGACUUUGGGGCUUCGAUACUGGCACCAACUGAUGAGUCUCAGUUUGUCACACUUGUGCAAGGGACUUGCGGUUACUUAGACCCUGAGUAUAUGCAGACGUGCCAGUUGACGGAUAAGAGUGAUGUUUACAGUUUUGGGGUCGUUCUCCUGGAGCUUCUCACUGGCAAGAAGGCAUUCAACCUUGAUGGGCCUGAAAACGAGAGGAGCCUUUCAUUACGCUUCUUAUGCGCUAUGAAGGAAGGCAGACUCAUGGACAUCAUUGACAACCGCAUUAAGAAUGAGAUCGACAUGGGGUUGCUUGAGGAGGUCGCGGAGCUUGCGAGUCAGUGCCUAGAGAUGGUUGGCGAGAGGCGACCGGCAAUGAGAGAUGUGGCCGAGAAGCUGGACAGGCUCAGCAAGGUCAUGCAGCACCCUUGGGUGCCUGCGCAACAUCAUCCUGAAGAGAUGGAGAGCCUGCUUGAGGAGUCGUCAAUGGUUAGUUUGGAGAUGAUAGGCACAGAAAAUUUCAGCACGGAGAAGAGGAUUGUGCAAGGGCUGCUGGAGUCUGGACGUUAG